UUUUUCGGGUGGGGGAGGGGGUGCGUCUCGGCGAGUCACGAUGAUGGCGGCUACCAUCCUGUGGUGAGGUAGCGGAUUCUCUGCUCAUCUCGCAGAGCCCCUGGCGCUUCCUGCAGACUUAGUGGCUGGCGCCGGGCUCGUGAGGAAGCACGGUGGCUCGUGCUCGCGAGGAAGGCCGCAGUCGCGGAGGCAGCGGCGCGGCCCGGGGCCAGGUCUGGGGGAGAGGCCGCUCUGCAGGGCGAAUGUGACAAGCCCCCACCCCCACCGCUUUCCUCCCUAGUGCGCGAGGAGCGCGGGCGACCCCGGGGCCCCGCCAGGCCACAGACCCCGCCCAGCGGCCAGCACCCGGAGCAGGCCCGGCAGCGGAGCUGCGCGGCGGCACCAUGCUGGUCACCCUGAAGACCCUACAGCAGCAGACCUUCAAGAUCGACAUCGACCCAGACGAGACGGUAAGAGCACUGAAAGAGAAGAUUGAAUCUGAAAAGGGUAAAGAUGCCUUUCCUGUAGCAGGUCAAAAAUUAAUUUAUGCAGGCAAAAUCCUCAAUGAUGAUACUGCUCUAAAAGAAUAUAAAAUUGAUGAGAAAAACUUCGUGGUAGUUAUGGUGACAAAACCCAAAGCAGUGACAACACCAGCACCAGCUACAACUCAGCAAUCAAAUUCUGCCACCACUACCACAGUUAGUUCCUCCACAGCACCAACUGUGGUUCAGGCCCCAACCCCUGCCCCCACUUUGGCUCCCACUCCCACACCUGCAUCUGUCACUCCAGCAUCAACGACAGCGUCUUCUGAACCUGCUGCACCUGCUAGUGCAACAAAACAAGAGAAACCUGCAGAAAAGCCAGCAGAAACACCAGUGGCCGCUAGCCCAACAUCAACUGACAGUACAUCAGGUGAUUCUUCUCGGUCAAACCUUUUUGAAGAUGCAACAAGUGCACUUGUGACAGGUCAGUCUUAUGAGAAUAUGGUAACUGAGAUCAUGUCAAUGGGCUACGAACGAGAGCAAGUAAUUGCAGCCCUGAGAGCCAGUUUCAACAACCCUGACAGAGCAGUGGAGUAUCUUUUAAUGGGAAUUCCCGGAGAUAGAGAAAGUCAGGCUGUGGUUGACCCCCCUCCAGCAGCGAGUACUGGGGCUCCUCAGUCUUCAGUGGCUGCAGCAGCAGCAACUACGACAGCAACGACUACGACAACAAGUUCUGGAGGACACCCUCUUGAAUUUUUACGGAAUCAGCCUCAGUUUCAACAGAUGAGACAAAUUAUUCAACAGAAUCCUUCCCUGCUUCCAGCAUUGCUACAACAGAUAGGUCGAGAAAAUCCUCAGUUACUGCAGCAAAUUAGCCAACAUCAGGAGCAUUUUAUUCAGAUGUUAAAUGAACCAGUUCAAGAAGCUGGUGGUCAAGGAGGAGGCAGUGGAGGUGGCAGUGGAGGAAUUGCAGAAGCUGGAAGUGGUCAUAUGAACUACAUUCAAGUAACGCCUCAGGAAAAAGAAGCUAUAGAAAGGUUAAAGGCAUUAGGAUUUCCUGAAGGACUUGUGAUACAAGCAUAUUUUGCUUGUGAGAAGAAUGAGAACUUGGCUGCCAAUUUUCUUCUACAGCAAAACUUUGAUGAAGAUUGAAAGGGACUUUUUUUUAUCUCACACUUCACACCAGUGCAUUACACUAACUUUGUUCACUGGAUUGUCUGGGAUGACUUGGGCUCAUAUCCACAAUACUUGGUAUAAGGUAGUAGAUUCUUGGGGGUGGGGAGGGGGGUCUAGGAUACAGGGCAGGGAUAAAUACCGUGCAUGUCUGCUUCAAUUAGCAGAUGCCGCAGAUCCACACAGCGUGUAAAAUAUUAUACAACCAAAAGUCAGCUUUUGCAGGUCUUUAUUUCCUCUAUAAAACAGUAGGUAACUUUUCCUAGGUUUCACUCUUUUUAGUGUACUAGAUCCAGCAAUUUAGUGUAAUGCCCUGCUUUAUAUUUCUUUGACUUAACAGUGGUUUCAGAAAGAAUCUUUGCUACCUAGAAUCUACAGUCCCUAUUUUAUGGCAACACUGGAUAAUGGCUUUGUGAAAUUAAAAAAAAAAAAAAAAUUGGAGCAACUGUAAACAGAAAUGCCAAAUUAUUGAUGGUUAUUGUUGCUGCUUCAAAUAAGUAUAAAAUUAAUGUGUAAGAAAGCCCAUUCUUUCAUGGUAAAUACUUGGGGUUGAGGGGGGAGAGGGGGAGUCUUUUCUUAAAAUGAAAAUAAUUACUGCUAUUUUAAAUUUCUUGAUCAUUGAAUGUGAGACCCUUCUAACAUGAUUUGAGAAGCUGUACAAGUAUAGGCAGAGUUAUUUUCCUGUUUACAUUUUUUGGGUUUGUUUUGGGGGGGAAAUUGGUAGGUGUCUAAUUACUGUUUACUUCAUUGUUAUAUUGCAGUAAAAAGUUUUAAAACCACAGUUGCAUGUUUGCUUUUGAUGUAUCCCGUUGUGGAAUUAGCACUUUGGGGCCAGUGGAGAAAUGCAGCAUUCACUAUCCCUGUCUUCCCCUUCCCUCAGCAGAAAUGUGUUUGUCAGCAAGUCAUGAAUUCCAACUGCUGCCUUUUUUAAAACCCACAAAAUGCUGAUUCAGUUCAAAAUUAAUGCAAAUGUCUCAAAACUGGGUUUCUGAUCUUUGUAAAUGUUUUUCCUUAUUAGAUAAGAAUGUAUGACCAUUAAAGUCAUUUAGGAUUAUUUGCUUUCAAAAAGAGAAGGUGGACAGAACUAUGAUCUAGCAUCCUUUAUUGCAUUGGACAGACUGGAGAAAUCUUUUGGAAGGGCUGGGAGAUGCGGCUGGAAAAGUACUUUGGAAAAUAUACAAUCAAGAUAUCUCAUGGCAUAUUAAAAGAAAAAUCUUAAUAGCAGUGUUGGCUUUUAUUUGGAUUUUUUUCAUCUCAGCUUUUUUCUUUGGAAUCUCCUUCAUUGUCAUUGUUAUUUGAUCAUAAAGAGGGAGCAGGUGUCUACUUGUUCAGUUUUUCAAAUCUGUUUUCCUGAAUAUAAAAAAAACUGUUUAAAGAAAUGUUUUUUUUCUACUGUCUGAUACUGAGUGAAGAAGAUGAAUUUGCACAGAUUUCUUCCUGCAUAAUCUCUUAAUAAUACUUAGCACAGUUUGGUGACAACUUUUAAGCUUUUACGUCAUGCACUCAUGAACUAUCUCAUGAAAAUAAAUGAAACCAUGAUUUCUCCC